UGCUCUUGUACCUUUACAAAUGAAGAACCGCGAACACUUUGCUUCUCCUACAGCUGGUCUCUACAUUCAACUUUUACCAACCCCAAUGGAAACGAAAACCAAUCCUACGGGACAAGUGCAAGUUCGCUUUACGACAAGGAAUCCAGAAUUAACUGUUGGUGAUACACCAAUUCUGAUUCCAACUUCUUUGAAGCGGUAUGGAUUGUCUCAAGUUGUCAACCAUCUAUUAAAAUCAGACAAACCUACUCCUUUUGAUUUCUUAAUUCAAGGUAACCUUCUACGAACCUCUUUAGACGACUACAUUACUCAAAAUGGUUUAUCUACGGAGUCCACUUUGGACCUUGAGUACAUAGAAUCUACGCUUCCUCCUCAGUAUCUCGCUGCUUUUCCUCAUGAUGAUUGGAUUUCUAGUGUUCAACUCUCUUCCAACCACAUUUUGACCUCUUCUUACGAUGGUAUUGCUCGUGUUUGGGACAAGAGUGGUCAAGUUAAGCUUCAAUCUCUUGGUUUAGGUUCAUCUUUAAAAAAUAUUUCCUGGAAGGCACCAGAGAAAAGCUUUUUGACAUCUUCUCUUGACCAAAAAAUCCAUUUUUGGGAAAUUGAGGAUGAUCUUUCUAAUAUUGAAAACGAAAAAUCUACAGCAGCUUUCAGUACAACUUUUACUGGUCAUAAAGGUGUGGUAGAACGUGUCCGCGCUUUACCUGAAUCCAACGUAUUCUUAUCUGCUUCUACUGAUAAAACUGUUGGUAUUUGGGACUUUGAAAGGUCCCCAGAGACGACAGUGGAGUCAAUGGAUGUAAAUUCGUCGAAACGACGUCGUAAAAAUGAUGAACUUGUGCCUCGCAAUGGUGCUCGUGCUCCUCUCUUCCUUUGUGAAGGACAUAAUGAGAGCGUGAUGGACGUGAUUUUUUCCAAUGAUCCUUCCGCUGCUUAUUCAGUUGGUCUUGAUCAUACUAUUAAAACUUGGGAUCUUAUCACUGGUCAGUCUGUUACUUCAAGGAUUACCAAAAACCCCCUUCUUUGUGUUGAAAAGUUAAACGAUCUUCACCUCCUUGCCUGCGGUUCAUCCGCUCGUUCCAUCACACUCCAUGACCCUCGUGCUUCAAGUGAUAAAAUUACUUCUAUGACUUUAUCAGGACAUAAGAACCUUGUUUCAGAUUUAGCUGCCAGUCCUGAAAAUCCAUAUAUGUUUGCGUCAGUCUCCCACGACAACUCAUGUCGUGUUUGGGAUGUACGUGCUACAUCUGGCAGUAUUUAUACAUUGCCAAGAUCUGUCAAAAGAGGUUCUCAGUGGGAUAAACUUUUUUCCGUAGACUGGAACAAGUCUGUAGGUAUUGUUACUGGUGGUACCGACAAGCAGCUUCAGAUCAAUCAAUCUUCGUCCUUCGACAAUAGCCAAUAAAGCAUGGCUUGGCUUUUCUUGUUUAAUUUAGGUAGGUAAAAAUGGGACAAUAAGGAUUUUAAAUAUCCAAAAAUUUUGGGGAAUCGGUGAAAUUCUAUGUAUUUAAGGACUUCCUUUAUUUAGUUACAAUUAGAUCAAUAUACAACUGAAUUAUAAAAUAACACAUAAAAUUAAUAUGAAA